AUGGAAAACAGUGAUGGAUCGCAGACGAACACAUCCAUGCAAAACUACGUGGAGCGCGUCCUAGGCAAGGUGACGGCUCUCGGUGGCAGACACCAGAAUAACGUGGAGCUUGCUAAGGAUGAGGUCCGCAACCUCGCCAUUCAACUGGCGGCAGAUCCCGACUACACCGUCUUCAAUGUGAGCCAGUCCAACAUGCACGAUGCCUUUGAGAGGAUCAUCGCAGAGAUGGAAGAGAUCAUCAACGACACCUUGGUGUCCCUGGACAAGGACCACAAAGAGUUCGACAUCAUGACUGAUAAUAUCCUCAAGUGUGGGCGGAAUCUCAAUGCCAGCAAUGUGAGCGUGACGGAAAUGAGCCCUGCUGUGUUGCUGCUCGGCGUCGAGCAUGAUGUGUGCCGAAACGACUCCGUUCCCUUGCGAGACCUAAACCACACCGCCCAGACGAACUACUACAAUUACAUGGCCAAUCCCAACAUGCCCGACUGCGCCCAGAAUUUUGAGCCGGGGACAUGCCCAGCGCAGCAGGACUUCUCAGUGCCGUUGUACUUCGACAACGCCAUUGCUUGCGCCAGCUCUGUUGAUUCUUGGGCGGGGGCUUUCCACAAACAGGCCCAAAGCCUCAAGACUGCGCAUGAGGCUGCGGAGACGGCUGUUAUUGCCAAGUAUCAGGCGUGCGACAGGACACAGCUGACGUAUGAGUCAGCCUUCUGCACGUACCGCACCGAGCUUGUCGAUCAAUGCUCUGCGCUGGAUAAUUGCUAUUCCAGUGCUGUGAGUGUGUUUCAGGCGACCAAGGCUCUUAUCCUCAAGUCCAACUCAAGCCGCCACGUGGCCUUCAUCGCUGCCAGGCAAGUGCAAUGCUACAUCCGCGUGUUGCAGUCGGACAACCUCACAAUGGCCGCAAUCGAGGCCUGUGAUUACAAGCUGGUCGACACGUCCCCCCUGGCUUUGACAGUGCCCACAAUUCCCCCCAAGCCCGCCUGCGACGUCUCCCUGGUGGCUCAGCACCCGUGUGGCACAGCGUGGGUCGCCAAGAACUACCAGGACGUCACCAAGUACUGGGUUGCAGAGCAAAUUGCUCACGCGACUUGUAUGCCAUGCUUGAGCGAAUCUUUGAACCUGGAGGAGGUUGGCGGCAACGCGGUCGGCGUUAGGGCAGUCUUGGACACG